AUGCUGGCCAGCAACACUGCGGCAAUUGUAGAUGCCUAUGACGUCUCGCGGGCCGUGGACAGGUCAGCGGCAUUCUCAGGUCUUCUCAUCGGUAUUUUUAUGGCUGCUAACCUGACCGGGGCUGCCUUCUCGACUGUUCUCCAAUGUUUCCGGCCUCAGCUCUGGAGCACCCACGCCAGACGUGCAAUGUUCUGGCCGUUGCUGUGUUGUUCUUGCGGCCCUCUGCUCUACUGCAUUCCUACGGGUCUAAUUUACACUGGCCGUGGCCGAGAAUGGCAGGAGGGCCUCGCGGCGCUCCUUUUGUUGAGUCGGAUCCUUUCUGGCUUGGGGGCUGGGGCUGCUUCGCAGGUUGGCUUGGUGUGCAUCGCCAAGGGUAGCUCUGCCACAGAGAAGUCCAAGCACAUGGUCCGGUUUCUGUUUGCCAACAUGCUCGGCUGUGGACUCGGACCCCUGCUGCCAGCAUUCUACCACACAGUCUGCCCCUGCCAUUCGGAGUUCGGCCCCCAGUUCUGGCAACUCGGUGUGAUGAAGGUGAUCUUGACCUUGGGAUCCGCGCUGGCGGUCGCCUUUUGCUUCCCCGAGAGGUUGCUGCCAGGGCCAGGGCCAGCGCAGGGCGACGCAAGCGGCUCCGACUUGGAGUCCUCCCAGUCCUCGGACCCCUCGGAGUCUCCCACAUCCCAGCAUAGAGCCGAGCUUGCUCGGCUGGCGAGGCAGAGGAAGGUGGUGGUCGGAUGUUUGGCCAUGACAGGUCUGCGUGGCUAUUUGAUAACCGCGCUCGAAGGAGCGACAGCUCUUUUUCUCCAGAAGCUCUGGAAAAUUGAAGAAUCAGUUUUCAUGCAGAACUAUGGGUGGGAGCUUCACACCAUCGGCUUCAUGGUGGCGCUGACUUUCCUCAUGUGCAUCCCCGGCAAGUUGAUCCAAGGCCGCCUAUCCAAAUGCUUGUCCGAGAAAGCCAUGAUCCGGCUCUUUUCGAUAGUUGCCAUUCUUGGUGCAGUGUUGAUUUGCCUGCAAGACGGCUGGGUGCUUCUGGUGGCAGACUCCUUGCUCUUUCCAUGUAUCUACCUUUCGGAUGCCAUUGGCCGAGGAGUCAUGACGCGACACCUCUUGCCUCAAGGUUCUUGGCUCGACUCCAAUCGCGCGUCCUUCUGGACGCUACUGUUGGGUGGUGUGGGGCAGACCGCGGGGCCCUGGCUGACACGAUGGAUGUUGCAGACAUCCACACAGACGGUCUAUGCCGCACAGCAAGCAGCUGGAUCUGCAGUGUUCCUGAUCAUGUUCGAAUUGAUCGUCAGACCGAACAUGCUGGAUGCUGUGGCACAGCCUCGGGAAAAGAUGUGUAAGGAGGAGUCUGGAUCGGGGAGCAGUGUCGAGACAUUGCAUCAAGAAGCGGACAACAUCAGGAGGUGGCUAGAUGCUCGACCAUCACCAGGUCCAGAGACAAAGCGCUUGGCGGGCUCACGAGAGGACUUGGCAGGCACCCUCGCGAGCUUGGAGAGCCAGAUCUCGCAGCUGAGGCACCAGCUGGCAAGCGAGGUGCAGGGCCCUGGCCCUCUCCCUCUUCUCGAGCCGAGCUCGGGCACUAAGGCCCUCUUUGCUCCCGCACGGCUGCCCACCACAGCCGAAAGGCGUGCACAGCAGGACAUCUUGCAGCUGCUGCAAGCCACGGCCAUGCAAUUUCAGGAUGGCUUCCACGAGGCCGACGAGGUGGUCAUCGAGGCGUCUCUGGCUAAGCUCUCACAAAGGCUUCGAGACCUGCGAGCCCGUUACCAGGACAUGCGCAGCCGCUGCGAAGCCCUGGGUCAUCAUCUGCAGGAGGCGAGGGCACAAGAGGCGCAGCAGCUCCUGGUCGAGCAAGGUGAGGCCGAGCUCGCGCAGUUGCGAGAGGAGGUCAGGGCCCCAAACCGCAGGUAG